UGUCAACUUUUUGCGGUUAGGCGGGCAAGGCUUGUUGGAUGAGAAAGAACGGGGAAAUUUUGCAAAUGCCGCGUAGCAAAUGUGUCGUUUACUUUUGUUAAUAAAGUGAAUAGCCAAACAAGUCGGAACUGGGCUGAUAAUGCUACUGGCUGUUGUUGUCAACGUCCGAAUUGUAUCCCACCAGCAGCAGCACAUAGUCCGGACACUGUCAUCAAAUGCGUGAGACAGGAUGGCGAGCUUCACAUAUGUGUUUCAAAUCUCUGGGAUCAAAACUCGCACGAAGAAGAGGAAGUUGGUCCAUGGCAUCCAGCGUUUGGGUGGGGAAUACAUUGGUGGCUCAGUCUUUCAGAGCGCUGUCACCCAUCUUAUAGUCCCUCAAGUCUUGUCUAGUGAGAAGUUUUUGGCAGCCUGUGCCGCAGGAAAGUGGGUUGUGACUCCAGACUAUGUGUUGGACAGCGUUAGGAAUGGCUCAUGGCUUGAAGAGAGACCUUAUGAAGUGGCCAUUUCCCCAGAUAAGGAUAAAAUCUUCUACCCCGUCAGGCAGUGGAGGGAGAAGAUAGCUCGCGGGAGCCUGACAGGGGCCUUCCAGGGAUGGCGGGUUCUUCUCAUGGUCCAGGACCGCUCCCGUAGGGCCAUGUUCAAACGGCUCUUAAAAGCAGGCAGGGCCAAAGUGUACCGCUGCCCUCUUCCCCCUCAUGUGGCCAUCACUCAUGUCAUGGCCAAACCUGUCACAGAGAACUACAAGACCCACAAUGCACCCUGCUACCCUGUCACCCACAUUGUCCAGCACCUUUUCGGGAGCCAUUGUGCUGAUAUGAAUUUCAACAUAAAAGAUGACCAGCCAGCAGAAGCAAAGGAAGCUGUUGAUGUUGUCUUCUCUGAGCUGGAGACAGAGCUCAGGGAAUAUGUCAUCAAACAGGAGGGGCAGACGAGACUGUUCUUCCCUGAAUUUCUGGGUUACCAUGACCCGCACUGUCCGCGCUCUCAGGCGGUGGAAGCAGACUUCAGCAAUGUUGGCACUAUGAUAGAGUGUGGUCUCUUUGUUGAAGCCUUGGACUCUAUCAGAAGUACUCUGUUCCCAGGUCUGCUGCCACCAGCAUCAUACCUGGCCUCCCUCAUAGAGUACGCUCUGCAGGGUGAGGCCACUUCUUUCUUCCUCAGAAAUCUCCAGCAGGUUUUGCAUGGCUUGCUGAUGACCAACCCACCCUGGCUAGCUCCCAGCACCAUGAAAAAAUAUUUUUCCCAGGUUCUGCAGUGUCCCCACUGCAAGACGGGGCUCUGGCCUUUUUUAGAGACAGCCAUAAGUUACUGUUUGUCCAGUGAGGACACCUGUCACCCACUGCCCAGCCUUGCCCAGCCAACACUAUUACACUUUCAUAGUGGCAUCUUGGCAUUUGUACUCAAACUCUUCCAGGCAGAACUGCACUCCGUCACCACUGGGGAUUCUCUGCUGCCUCAGGGAGGUGGAGUCUCUCAGGCUUCAGCAUCGGGCUCUCUGCUCUAUUCAACCUUCUGGACUGUGUGGGAGCGCUCCACUUUGUUGUCCCAGCCUAUGAAGCGGCUAGUCCAGCUCCUGGUACAAGCCUCAGUGUGGGAACAGGCUGCCAUGGAGGAGGAAACCGAGAGGAAUGCAAGACAGAAACUGCGGCUGGUUGAGAACCUGCUGGAUCUUCUGUCUGUGUUGGUGGAAUUCUGGUGUCAGAAGCACUUCAAACUCAAUCAGAACAUGGUGGAGAAGAGUCUGAAGGACCUGGCAGAACAUAUUGCCCUUAUCUGCCAGGAUGUGUCUUCAGUAGUCCUGGCAGAUCUGGUUGUCAGGAUUCCCUCAACAAGACUGAAGUUGGUGACGGCAGAUGCCAUUUUCAGGAGUCUGUGCUGCAGAAAUGGACUCCCAGUGGGAGAUGAACCUCUCUCUCUCAGGAAGAUGGUGAUGUCCUACCUGCCCGCCUUGGGGAGUUUAGGUGGGAGUCCCAGGCGUGCAGACCUGAGGGAUGAACCUGUCUCCCACAGCUGGACUAGCCAAGGGACCGGCUCUGGAAACACUCCUGUGAGUGAAACCAGCCCGGGGAAGGAGAACAUCCCUAGAGGCCUGAACAGAGUCAACGCAGCAGGAGAGACCCUCCUCCACAGAGCUUGCAAGAGGAACCAAGUGGAAACAGUGCUUCAGAUCCUGGCACUUCCUGGCACGGACGUCAACGUUAAAGACCAUGCAGGCUGGACGCCUCUACAUGAGGCUUGCAACCAUGGCAGCACAGCGUGUGUGGAGGCCUUGCUUCGCCAUCGCCCCGCCCCUCAUCUCAACAGCCAGGUGGGCGGCGUCAGCCCCCUGCAUGAUGCUCUGCUCAACGGACACUUGGACAUUGCCAAAAUGCUACUGGAGCACGCAGGCUCAGCUCUUCUCCAGCAGACUGAUGGACUGGGGCGGACGGCUCUGGACCUGGUUUCUGUGACAACCCAGGAGGAGCUCCGCCGCUGCGCUCAGGUCGGAAACCUGGCCCUGGACCACCAAAUGUCUGAGGUCAGGAACCUACCACUCCUGGAGGCUGGGUCCUCCCUCCUGGCACACGUCAUCUUCACCUACCAGCGGGAGCGGGGCCUGCUGGGCCGCAUGCAGCCCGACAACAAGGCCCAGAGCCUGGGCUACAAGCUGGCCAGGAGCCUGGAGAGACACUCCCUGCAGAGGGUGACCUCCGGCUGGGCAGAUCAGCGGGCGGUGAGGCUGGCAGAGGAUGCAGAGGUGCUGCUGGGGCUGGGCAGAGGGAACUACAUGGGGCAGGUGCCUCAGGCAGUGAGAGAGUGCGAGGGCGAGAACACACGCUUUCUCAUGGAGAUACUGGAGGAUCUGAAGUCUCGGGGAACGGCGCUACUUGCUGAUCUCUGACAUGACAUUAACAGACAGCACACUGAGAAAGACUUAGUGGCCUCGCAUGUGCCUUAAAAAUGCAGACGAACUUCUUUUAUCAGCCAGAGAGUGAUACACCAGUAAACACUAAAGCUCGAAUCUUCUAUUAGAUUGUCACAAUUUUUGCAUAUUUGUGAUAUAUUUUGUGGUAUUUGAUGUAAUCUUCUGCCUAUUUUAAGACCUGUUUCAUUUGUUAUACUGAAUUUGGUGUGUUUUGUUUCAGAAUAUUUUAUGCUUCACCAGUAUUUAUGACACUUUGACUUUUGUAUGGAUGUGGAAUUUUGAGCUGAAUGUUAGAUGAUGUUUCUACACUCACGUUACUACCUCAUUUUAUUUCUCUGCAGCUACUUUACUUACUGUUGAAAUAUAAUAUGUAAUGUUAUAAAACGGGAAUGAGUUUACAAUGAGUGGAAAUAAAUUGUCCAACUUUCAAGCUACAGUGACAGGUAAUUGUAUGCAAGUA